GAGAGGAAGCCACACUAGUUGUUGCAGGCAGGCUCAGCAGAUAAAGAGACAAUAGAAGCUGUUUUACUUUCUGUCUACAACAUGCAGCUACUAAAAUGCAUUUUAAUUGUCCAACUGAGCUGUCUUUGUCAAGCUUCACAGAAUUCAUCCACACCAACAGCCCCAACUGAUGUGCAGGUGACGGCAGAAGAAAAGGAAUUUAACAGUGAUCCCUAUAUUCACAAACUUGCUGGAAGAUGCCAGUUCACACUGAAGAUGCCUGGAAACAUGAGCAGUGAUGAGGUGCCAUUAACAGCAGGCUCCACAGAUCUGUUGGUGGAACAGAUCUGUCAGGAUCUUGACUGUGGGAACGUCUAUGAAGUGACUAAAACCAGCUUACCUCACAAUACCACCUGCUUUGACCACUGUCUGCACCAAGAUGGGCGUUUGCAGAACUGUUCACAGAGCAAGGGAAGUAACUGCGUGACGAUUACUGGAGCUGUCUGUGGCCACCAGGCUGUGCGGCUGGUUGGAGGAGCAGACCGCUGUGCCGGACGGGUGGAGUUGUGGAGAGAUGGGAGAUGGGGCACGGUGUGUGACGACCAGUGGGACCUGCAGGAUGCUAACGUGGUGUGUGCCCAGCUCGGCUGUGGUUAUGCCCUCGAAGUGACGGGACAGGGUGGCUCCUUCCCCCCCGGCAGAGGACCCGUCUACCUGGAUGAGCUGAACUGUACAGGCAAAGAGAAGAACCUGUGGGCCUGUCCGGAUGCACAGGACGAGCCUGACUGUGGACACAAAGAGGAUGCUGGUGUCAUAUGCUCAGAAAUGAGAGCAAUCAGACUGACUGGUGGUCUGGACCGCUGCUCUGGUAAAUUGGAAGUCCACCGUAACGGCAGCUGGGGAACAGUGUGCGAUAACUGCUGGAACCAAAACCUCGCCUCCAUGGUGUGCUCCAUGCUGCACUGUGGUGCACAGGCAGUGAAAAUGUCACAGUUUGUUCCUCCGCUCUUGCACAACAACGGGACGCUGUGGUAUUAUAGUUGCAAUCCAGGGGCUCAGGAUCUGUGGAAGUGCGCGGAGUACAACAGUGUACAGCACCUGUGCUUGUACUCAAAAGCAUCUGGUGUCAUCUGUAACGGUUCCCUCGGGUUUCCUACACCCACCACAGCCAGCACGACAAAUGCAACUUCGGGAUGGACGACUGCUGCACUCCCAGUCCAUCCUGCUGAAGGCCUCUCCUUACCAUCUAUAGAACUUCUCAGCAUGAUCGCUCUGUGUCUGGUGCUCCUUGUUUUUCUGAUCACAAACACGGUGCUCUGCUGCCAUUACAGAUCAAGACACGCAUUCUUGAUCCAGCAGACGCGCACCAGCUCGCGAACUUCGUCUGAACAACAUCACAAAAACUACCAAGAUGCUGCCGUCAACCUCAUCAAGGUCACUACCAACCCAGCUCAGACAGACGCCCCCUCCAAUCCCAGGUAUCUUUGGACCCAGCUUAGUAGUGUUGACAGCACGUCAGUAGAUACAGACUAUGAGCAGUAUGAGCCAAGCAAUGACCCGUCUGUCCCUUUGUCCACCUUUCGGAAUUCUCAGAGGUACAAAACAGACGUGAACCCUUUGACGAGGCCUUCAGGUCUUGACAACCUCGUUGAGGAAGACACUGAACCCAAAGAAGAAGUGAUGGGAGUCUUUUCAAGCUAUAACGGUAACCCAGCAGAUCAAUAUGCCCGAGUGUCAAAGAUCUCAGUGGAUUCAUUUGAUAGCUCCAGUACCUCCUCUGGGGAAUGCUACGAAAACACAAACAACUAUGUCACCCCCGAGCCAGGACCGAGCCAGUCCUACACUGUGAAUGAGCCCGGUGAUUUUCCGAGUGGCUACAGGAAUAACCAACAAACAACAGACCAGCAUUGGCUGAAUCCAGCUGAGGUAGAUGACGGCAUCUACUCCCCUGUGAGCCCCGAUCAAGACCCGUCAUCUGAUGAUGACUACGAUGACAUCGGCGCCUAAUAGUAAAAAGAAGAGAAGGUUUGUGAAAUCUCCAACUCCAGAACUGCACUGAAGGAAACGUGUACUUUAAGACCAAACACCUGUUUAAAGUGAGAGAACGCAAUAAGCACCAACUGAGUGAUUUUCAGACUAAACUGUUUAAAUUUAUAAUAAAAAAAUAAAAUAAACAACUACAUUUCACGAUGUACAGUAGAUGGAUCUGACUGAAUGUGGUGUAGAAAAGAAUUUCAUGACCGACUUUUGUUCUACAAACUAUCAGAGUACUGUUUCCUGUAAGCUGCAGUAUUAUUAGGUCAGUUUACAGCUGUGGUGGCCUCGAAAUGUGACCUACUGUAUCACAAUGAUGUGAGCACAAAACUGUUUUGCAAACACUUGCAUGGUGCAUUGAAUGAUGCUCAGACACCAGAUAGUCAGAUACGUUUACGUCACAAAGGCAUCCAAGGAAAGAAGAACCAAAAAUCAAACGCGGUGAAACUGAGAAGUUAAAGUAUCUUUUAUUGUUCUCUGAAUGUAGUAAAGAAACUGUAACAUAUGUGUGUGUUUUUAGAUUUUUAAUAUUUAAUGUGUGCAUAUGAGUUUUCUGUAAUAAGUAGUAUGUGUUGUGAAUAAUGUGCUGAUCAAAGUAUUGAGAUCCAACAUAAUCUCUAUAGUUAUGAUGUACACUUCAUGGCCAAAAGUAUGUGGACAAGAUUGCUAAGAGUAUUAAUCUGCUGCUUUGACAGACUCAAACUCUUUCCACAACAUUUCUGUGAGGUUGGACAAUGAUGUUGGGCUGUUAGGGAGAGAAAGCAAGCCAAGUUUAGCACAUUUCAUCACAAGUCAGUGUGCUUUACAUUAAAAUAUAAGCAAACAACCAAACCACCCAAAUUAUUAUCCAUAAAAGUUGUAAGUUUGUCUGUUUGGGCAUGGGUGGGUCAUACUAAAGGUGUUGGAUGGAGUCGGUCAAGUUGUUCCUCACCAAACAGACUCAUAUCUCUACUGAGGUCACGUUGUGCUCAGGAAAAAGCCUCCAAACCGAGACAAAAGCAUGUGUCCUUAUACUUUUGGCCAUAUACUAAAUUCAAACAAUGUGCUAAUGUUUGCAACACUGUGUAAGCAAAGUAUUGAGUUCCACCACAAGGUGGCACUACAAGCUUGGAAGUAACUAAAGUGCCUGACUGAAGUGAAGCCCUCACAUGUAAACUACAGAGAAAAAUAAAAGUUGUAAUCCCAUAAAA